UUGACAUUUCAAUUUCAAUAAAAUAAAACGUGCUGUAAAAUUACAGAUAACUCAAGUUUUGUAUUUACGCGUGGGUGCGGGUCACCACGGUAUUAUUAUAAAUCUUGUUAUCAAUAAAUAGUCGAGGCAUACAUCGUUUAAUCUCAUCACUUCGCGUACUGCCCUCGCAACGUACCGGAGGUCAUUUACUCCGGUGCUGAUGAAAUCAACUAUAACUUUAGAAGAAGUAGUGAAUAAAUUCGACCACAUCGUAUCACCCCUAGCAACCAGAAUGCCGAACAUCAAAGUUUUCAGCGGUAGCUCCCACCCUGAUUUGGCGCAAAAGAUCGUGGAUCGCCUGGGAAUCGAUCUCGGAAAAGUCGUAACUAAGAAGUUCAGUAACAUGGAAACAUGCGUGGAAAUCGGCGAAUCCGUGCGCGGAGAGGACGUUUACAUCGUGCAGAGUGGCAGCGGCGAGAUCAACGACAACCUGAUGGAGUUAUUGAUCAUGAUUAACGCGUGUAAGAUCGCAUCCGCGUCUCGAGUUACCGCUGUCAUUCCGUGCUUCCCCUACGCCAGACAGGACAAAAAAGACAAAAGUAGAGCUCCGAUCACCGCGAAACUCGUCGCCAACAUCCUGUCCGUCUCCGGAGCUGACCACAUCAUCACCAUGGACCUCCAUGCUUCUCAAAUCCAAGGCUUCUUCGACAUACCCGUAGAUAACCUCUUCGCCGAGCCCGCGGUUCUGAAAUGGAUCAAGGAGAAUAUACAGGACUGGAAAACCAGUAUUGUCGUGUCUCCCGACGCCGGUGGUGCUAAGAGGGUCACAUCCAUAGCUGACAGAUUGAAUGUCGAGUUCGCCCUCAUUCAUAAAGAAAGGAAAAAGGCCAACGAAGUCGCUUCCAUGGUUCUCGUAGGCGAUGUAAAAGAUCGCAUUGCAAUUUUAGUGGAUGACAUGGCAGAUACUUGUGGUACCAUUUGCCAUGCUGCCGAAAAGCUCAUCGAGGCAGGUGCUAUCAAAGUGUACGCUAUACUAACGCACGGUAUAUUUUCUGGACCCGCUAUCUCCAGGAUCAACAACGCCUGUCUAGAGGCCGUGGUGGUGACAAACACAAUACCACAGGAGAAACACAUGCGGGACUGUCCCAAAAUCCAGUGCAUCGACGUAUCAAUGAUGUUAGCAGAGGCGGUGAGGCGUACACACAACGGAGAAUCUGUGUCUUAUUUGUUCUCCAAUGUUCCAUACUAGUUUAAUUCCUUUUAUUUUAUUAUUAUUUUAGGUUUAGUUCCAACAUUUAAUUUACAUUCAUUUAAUAGUGGGGUGUGAGGAUGAUUGGCAGUGUUAUUGGCAUGUGAUGAUUUUUUAUUAUUAAUUACUAUAAUAAGCCGAGUAUGCAAGCUACAAGAAAAAUAUUUACAUUAUAUAAGGCAAUGUGAUAUUUUAUGGAGCAUCAAAAGAUGAAAUUAGAAGUUGUAAUAAUUUUACACACACCAAUUUAGAAACAAAAUGGCUGUUAGUCAUAAUUCUUGUAAAUCAGUUGUAGUAAAUGAAAUUGUAAACAAUGUAGCUUUGUCAAUUAGGCUUGCUUGAUGCCUGAUGAUGUGAUAUCAAGUAACAAAUGUUGGAGACAUUAGGUUUAGUUUAUUAUCUCAUUAAGUUAAAAUAUGCAUUCUGCCAUAUUUUUUUCUUCCAUAGGUUUAAAAUUAAAAAAAAAAAAAAAAUUUAUUGUUAAGGAAUUAGGACCUUUAUUAUGUCACUAAAAUCUGUUACGUAAUAUCUUAACAAUGCUAAACUCAAAAGAAUUGUUAACUUUGGAAAGGGGUAAGAAGCAGAGAGUUGUUGACUUUAAUUUACUGCAUUGUUGUGGGUUUAACAAUUUGUUAAAAUCUUUGAAUGUUAAUGUUUUGGGUGCUUAGAUUUUUAUUUUUUAAAUUGUUAUUGAUGUAAUUUUUUUAUGUGGUAUUGCUGUAAAUGAAGCCUAUGUGAGUAGGAUUUCUGUAACCACAUAUUUUACAAAGUUUUCUAAUUGGCACGCUUAAAGAUAAGGCGCAAGAUUUUCUAAAUUUAUAGAACUAUGUAUAUUUGGUCCGUAUUUUAAGACAUAAUAAAAAAAUCCUGACAAA